AUGGAUCUUUUUGCUGGGGGUGCCGUAGGAACAUUGUUCACUGUGCUGUAUGAAGUUGUUAAGGAAGUGAAGGACAAGACCAUGAUGUUUAAAUCCCUCCUCGGAGAUCUCAAAUCCACGCUAGAUUCUUUGAAACCGCUGAUCGAAGACAUAGAAAAGUACAACUAUUUGAUGGAUCGUCCAAAGGAGGAACUAGAAAAUUUCAAAGAAAAAAUGAAGAAUGGUGCUGUGCUUGUUCCCAAGUGCUCCACCGUUGGCCGGUGGAAUACCUACAAAAAGUAUAAAUAUGCCAAAAAGCUUCUUGAUUUGGACCAAUGUCUGAAUAGACUGUUAACCAUACUGAACGUUGGGGGAGUAAGGGAUGGGAAGGAGACCUUGUAUAGGGUAAUGAACAUUGAAGAGAAAAUUGAUAAAUUGCAAAUAAAAGAAGAGGUUGUGUUGCCAAAACAAUUGGACAUUAAAGCUUGGUGUGCAGUACCUGAACUUCCACCUGUUACAGUCGGAUUGGACGAGCCUUUGAGGGAUUUGAAGAAGAAGCUUCUUAAGGACGAUUUGUCAAUGCUUGUGCUGACUGCUCAUGGAGGAUCCGGGAAAACCACAUUGGCAACAAAGUUCUGUCAUGAUAAGGAAGUCAAAGAUAAAUUCAACAACAAUAUCUUCUUUGUUACCAUUUCAAAAAAGCCCAACUUAGACUUUGUAGAAGAAGUCUAUCAACGCCUGAAUUCAGAGGAUGCAGGACAAAAUCCUCUGCUGUUGGUCCUGGAUGAUGUUUGGUUAGGAUCCAAAUCUCUUCUUCAGAAAGUCGAUGAAUUGAAAAGGCCAAAUGCCAAGAUUUUGGUGACCUCAAGAUCCGAGUUUCCAGGAUUUGGUACUCCGUAUUUUCUAGAAUCAUUGAAUGAUAAAGAUUCAAUGACUCUUUUUCAUCAUUCAGCAUCUCUGGGAAACAGGAGCUCUAGUAUUCCAGAAGAUCUUCUGAGAAAGAUAGUAGAGCGCUGUAAUGGAUUUCCACUGGCCAUUACAGUGACCGGAAACUCACUUCGAGGACGAGCUACAGAGUUCUGGCGUAAAAGACUGAGAGACUGGUCUAAAAGUUCUAUUCUUGAUAUUGAGACUGAGUUGCUUCUUCGCCUUCAAAGUAGCAUAGAUGCCUUGGAUGAAGAAGAUGCUAUCAUCAAAGAAUGUUUCAUGGACCUUGGUUCAUUUCCUGAAGACCAAAGAAUCCCUGCUGCUGCUGUCAUUGAUAUGUGGGCAGAGUUAUAUGAGCUAGAUGAAGACUUUCUGUCCAUUACAAACCUCCUCGAGCUCACCACUAGAAGUCUGGCAAAUCUUGUGAUCACCAGGAAGGAGAAUAUGGAGAUGGUGGAUGACUACUACAUUGAACACUUCGUUACCCAGCAUGAUAUGCUUAGACAGCUGGCUGUCUAUAAUGCGAAACAAGACCCAAUAGAACAGAGAAAAAAACUAAUUGUAGACAUAAGUGAAGACAAUGAACCCAAGUGGUUGACAGAACAGAAGUCUCAACCCAUCAAGGCUCGCCUCUUAUCUAUCUCCUCUGAUGGAGUGUUUUCAACAAAAUGGCAGAGCAUUCAACUACCAGAGGUUGAGGUCCUAGUUUUGAAUAUUCAGACAAAGAACUAUGCCUUGCCUCAAUUUGUGGAGAAAAUUGACAAAUUGAAGGUUCUAAUAGUCACAAAUUACGGUUCAUUACCUGCUGAAUUGAGUAAUUUUGAGCUACUGGGUUCAGCAUCAAAUCUGAAGAGAAUCAGAUUAGAGCGCAUUUCGAUUCCUUCCAUAACCAAGAACCCCAUACAAUUUCUGAGUCUAAAGAAAAUUUCUUUAUUCAUGUGUAACAUCGGUCAAGCUUUGAGCAAUUGUGCAGUCAAAAUUUCAGAUGCAUUCCCAAAUUUAGAGGAAAUGAAUAUUGACUAUUGCCAUGAUUUGGUGGAAUUGCCAACCGAGGUCUGUGAUCUUAUUCAUUUAAAGAAGCUCAGCAUCACCAACUGCCAUAAUCUAUAUGCCUUGCCUGAACGGAUUGGGAAGCUGGCCAAUUUACAAGUGUUGAGGCUAAGGUCCUGUACAGACUUGGUAAAACUUCCAGGCUCGAUGAAGGACCUAAAAAAGUUAAACUUUCUUGACAUAUCUGAUUGCUUCAGCAUUAGGGAGUUGCCUGAAGACAUUGGUGAAAUAAGCAAUUUAAGAAAUAUCAACAUGAGACAGUGCUCAAGAUUGCAAGAGCUGCCUCUAUCAGUUUUGGAUCUCGAGCAGUUUGAGGAAGUGAUAUGUGACGAAGAGACAGGAAGUCUGUGGGAGCCCUUCUUGAACUGUCUCAGAAGCACACGCAUAAUGGUGGCCAAAGAAAAUAUCAACCUGAAUUGGCUCCACUAG